AUGGAUUUGGAUCCAGAAGUCCAUUUAGGUCACUUAAUGAUGGAGAGUAUGAAAAAUAAUAAAAAUGUGAUAUGUCAGGUGGAUGCAGCCACUGAAGAAGAGGAAACUUAUGAUUCAGUAUUAUCGCGUUCAAUCCGAUUGGCAAGAGCGCUCAGAGCUUUUGGUCUUAAACCUGGUGAUGUCUUAGCUUUUGGCGGCAAAAACCAUUUGGAUAUUCAUAUACCAUUUUAUGCGGCACUCUUCAAUGGCUUACCUAUAGUUGGUGUUGAUCCUUUUUACAAAUAUGACGAAGUUAGAACGCUCUUAAAGUUGACAGAGCCUAAAAUAGCAUUUUGCCAAAGUGAAUCCUACGAUUUUUACCGACGAGCAUGUGAAGACCUUGGACUAAAUAUGAAGAUUGUUACAUUUGAUGAUGGCGAGUGUACAUUUUCAGUAUUUAUGGACACUUAUGAUACAAACGAAUCAGAUCAAGACUUUAAAGUAGCAGAAUUCGAUAUUGACAAAAUAUAUGCGUUUCUGGUAAGCACGAGUGGCACUACCGGCAAAGUAAAGAUUGCUGCCUUUAAUCAUAAACCCUUCAUUUUCAAGAUAACGAGACUAUUAAAACAGUACAAUUAUGACAAACUACCUGGAAAAAAAAUAUUAAACUUAUCACCUGUGAAUUGGAUAUCAAAUUACUUUUUAUCCGUGGGAGGACCGUUGAUUGGCGACACCAAAGUACAAAGUUCGAUUCCAGACAGCUACGAACAUAUUAUCGAUAUUAUUAACAAAUACAAGCCAAUGCAAGGGUUAUUUGGACCGACGUUACUAACAUAUCUAGUAAGUCAAAAGGAUAAAGUUGAUCUUACGUGCUUCAAGAAUAUUAGUAUAGCGGGCUCGAAAAUUUAUCCCGGUGUAAUGGCAGAAUUAAAGACUCUACUAGCUAAAGAUGCUAUUGCCUUGGAAGCCUACGGACAAACUGAGAUGAUUGGAUCCGUCUUAGCCCCAAACCCUACUGGACCCACUGGAAGCUGCGGCAAGCCCCUAUCAAUUUACGCCAUUAAGUUAGUUGACCCACAAACCGGCUUAGAAGUAACAGAUCCGUAUGUGAAUGGUGAAUUAUGGACGAAAGGACCAAGGUUCACGGAAUAUUACAACGACCCUGAAGAAACUGCAAGAGCUUUCACCGAUGAUGGAUUCUUUAAAACUGGAGAUUUAUUGUAUCGCGAUGAAAAUGACAACUAUUUCUAUGUUGACAGAAUUAAAGCACUUAUCAAAUAUCAGAAUUCACAUGUCAUACCAAUAGAAUUAGAAGAACUAAUAAGUACAUAUCCAGGUAUAAAACACGUAUGUGUCAUCGGCAUAAGCGACCCUCUUGAUGGCGAACGACCUCUCGCUUGCGUUGUGAAAGAGAACGGUUAUAAAAUUAGCGCACAAGAUAUACAGGAAUUAGUUGCAAGCAAACUGUCCAAAAACAAGCAGCUUCGUGGUGGAGUCAUAUUCCUCAACAACCUACCUUACACAUCGUCGCAGAAAGUAGCACGAAACAAGCUUCAAGAAAUCGUUCAAAACAUGAAGAGAACAUCUAUAUUA